UAUAGAUCUAAGUUAUAUCUCGUACUUUCGAGUUGUCAUGCGUAAAUGAGACGAGAAUUAACAUCUCUUGACUCCGUUUAGUCUAAUUGAUUUAUGUAUUUCAUUUAAUUUGUUUUAAAAUAACCCUAAUUCAUUCUAAUGGUGAUGGUUGAGUGAGGCUGAAAUUAGACGUGAGGCCACCGAAACCUACGCUUGUCUACUUCUAGAUAUAGGAAGAAAAACAAUCAUGGACUUUAACAAGCUGUUCGAACGAAAGCACAUUGACAUCAGUUCCUCUAAGAUACUCUUGGAUAUGAAGACAAGCUUCCAGUCUGCCUUAGGUCCUGUUGAGUCUGCCAGGACAUGUAGUCAGUUUCUGCAGCUUGAAAAUUUUCAAGAGAUGUUUACCCUCUUGUGGAAUAGCCCAGCUGCACACAAAUGUUUUGAGUUCAAAGGUCCCCUGAGACCGAUGAAAGUCGAGGAAGCCUCUAAGUUAUGUAGAGAACAGGGCAACAAAUUUUACAAGUUGGGUAAUUUUGACGAAGCGUUGAAGCUCUAUAACUUGGGUAUUUUAUUGGCUCCACAUCCAAAGCUUCCAUUUACAAGCAAAAAUGGCCAAAACGGUGAUGGAGGGAAGAAUGGGGAUGAGAAAGGUUCAAGUGAUUUUGAAUCUCUCGCUCUUGGGUAUGCAAAUCGUUCUGCCAUCUUUUUCAGCUUGAAGGACUACAAGAGAUGCCUUGUUGAUAUAGAUUUAGCCCUUAAGUAUGGAUAUCCAAACCACCUAAGAAGUAAGUUAAUUGAGAGAAAAGAACGAUGUGUCAAGGAGCAGAAGAAGUCUCGAGUAGAUAACUUUAUCAUUAAAUCUGUUAAUGCCAAGUGUCCCCCAAAACUAGCAAGAGUUAACCCUGAUGUCCCAGCUUUUAGUUCAUUCUUGAAGGUUAUCCAUACUAAGGAGAGAGGUAGACAUGUUGUCACAACAAGAGAUAUACCUCCAGGAGAAGUAAUUGCUGUUGAUAGUGGUUAUGUCAGCUUUAUAAGAUAUAACCAAACCAUGAUGCAGGCAUGUUCGGAAUGCCUAAUGCGUUGUGAGGGCCAAGCCCUCCCUUGUCCAGACUGUUUGACCGUUUUCUGUUCAGAAGACUGCAGAACCAAAGGACUUGCUGGAGUGCAUGCUAGGGAGUGUAAGAUAUUACCUUAUCUCAUGGAACUUCAAAUAAGUGAUGAGGAAGUCUGCAAUGCUUUCAGAACAAUAAUUCAUACCACAUUCCGGGCAUUGAGGGAGAAGCUGCCAGUGCUCCAAAGGGAGGCAAAAGAACUUCCUCCAGAAAAGUUUGGGUUUGAUGAGAAUGGCAUCUACAGUUCUUCAGAUUACAGAUCUGUGUACCAUAUCAGUGCCUAUAAUAAUAAGAAGCCGAUUGUAAAACUGUAUAAUUAUUGCAUAAUUGCUUUCAUUCUAACGAAGAUACUUCACAGAAGCAAGUCAUUUUUCAUUGAUGAAUUGGGAAAUGCCUUCGACCCAAGUGAUGAGGAUUACAUAGCAACUGGCACAGCUCUUCUGUAUCAAUUUGCUCACAACAGUGUAUUUUUUGAGGUGUCUGAUAUGAAGGUAUGUACCCAAACCAACAAGACAGAUAAUCAGGGUGUUGGAUCAGCACUGUUUCCUUCAGUUUGGUUGAUAAGGCACGCUUGCAAUCCUAAUGCUGCUCACUACAACAUUGGUUCUGUGAGAGUGGUGAGGUCUGUUAUGUCAAUUCCCAAAGGUUCAGAAGUAACGCUACUGUAUUCUGAAGGGUACCAACAUUUGCCAUUGUCAACGAGGAAAGCAUUUUUACAGGCCCGCGGAAUUAAGUGCUCAUGCCAGGCCUGUACGGAAAACUGGCUUACUGAAGCUGAACUUCCAGAAGAUAUGAAAAUGAAAUGCGUCAAGUGUUCAGAUCCUAUCGUUGAAAUAGAUUUCCAGCCUGCAUGUAUGGGGUGCAACAUUCAAUAUGCCAAAACUUCUGCAUCACAGAAAGAUCCUACAGUCAGGAAGUUUUGGUCCGCAGUGGAGGAAGUUAGUAGUGCAGAGCAUAAAUAUGAGAAAGUUCUCGCAAAGAUUGGCAGAGGAAAUGAACUUUCAAUAACAGAUCUUCAGAACAUUAGCAAUUUUAUUAUUGCAAUAGAAAAGCAUGUAUCACUGCCUUGUCGAGCUUUUUGUAAAACGCGUACUGUUAUGAUGCAAUACUUUAUGAGAGAAUGAAUGAAAUACUCAGUUGUAUUAAUGUUUCCAAUGAAGUCUGUGUUGCUGUUGAUCAAGCGCAGUACAUGAAAUUGAUAUUGCACUGAAUAUCCUUGGUAAUUUAUCAUAAGAAUCCACAAUUUUUCAUUAUACAGUGUUGUUACCAAAAAUUAUGUGCUGUUCACUGAUUGCUACUGACUUGAAAAAUACAAUUAUUUAUAGCCAUUGCUUUUGCUCUUCUUUCUUAAAAAUUUUUUUCUUAGAUAUGGCUGAUAUAGCAUCAGUUAUUUGUUUAUGAUGGUACCAUAUUUUAAUUUUUUCAUAUGUACAUUGUAUUUAAAGUACUAUACAUAGCUGUUGACAGCCAGUUCCUAGGUAUUGUUAAAAAUUUGUACAUACUCAUAUUGUUGAGUCCCCAUUUUUGUAUUUUCAUUAAAUUUUCUUCAUCUUGAGACUUAAUUCAGCAUCAAAAUUGUCACAAAUGCCUGUUAUUUGUUUUCUAAUACUAAGUCUUUGUGUAUCUGCAUAUAUGGAUAUUAUUUUAUGCAGGAAAAUUUUUUAAUCACAAGCUACAGUGUAGUCUGUUAGACUAGCCCAACGAGUUGGUAAUUAAGACCAAGUUGAAGGAAUUUGCAGCAAAGAUUGUCUCAGAAGAAAGUGAAUGAUGAACAGUUCUUUAGCUGGGGCUGUUGAGAUACUACAAAGAUCAAAUAAAAAUUCCGAAGUGAAUUUUGAUUGAUUUAAAAAUCAGGAAGUUGAUCACCAGUGGGAAUAUCUUAAAUUCUGUAAAUAUACUUGCAUUUAGAAAAUCAUAAGAGAGAUAUAUGAUAAAAAAACCAAGUCCCACUGCAGCAAACAGCACAUGCCUUACAUUCUUUGCUUUUUCACAUUGAAGUCUGUUACAGUAACUAGUAGGUAUGUAUACUUAUACAGUAAAUUUACAUAGCACAUCCAACUACAACUAAUAUUUUUGCAGUAGUUAUGUUAUAUGUCAUAUUAAUUAAAAGUGAGUGCUAGCCCUUCA